AUGGCGUUCUUUAUUGAUGGAAAGGACUGUAUGAUUUCGGAAUGGAUCCUUCUUGCAGUAUCGUACCUCUUCGUUGGCCUCCGAAUCUAUGCCCGUCUGUUCCGUGCUCGCCAGAAACUCGAUGCUUCAGAUUGGCUUCUGGUCGUCUCAGCUUUCAAUGCUCUAGCUCUCAUUAUCUGCGAUACACUCACGUACCAGAUGGGUGUCUUGGAUGAAUACGAAACCUCAGUCAAGCUCUCCAAGGUAUGGUGGCCAAGACACAACAACGACAUGGGCGCAACUAACACAGAUGCUCAGAUCUCUUUCGCGUCGAACUACUUCUACGAUUUCGGGAUGGGGUUUCCUAAACUGAGUAUGUUGGCCUUCUAUUGGGCAUACUUCCUGCCCUCCAAUGGUGUUAGCUCUGCCAUGCGAAAAACUCUAUACGGCAUCACUGCAUUUGUCUGUAUAUCAUACCUUGUCAUUCUUUUUGACGAUACCUUCUUCUGCGGAAAGGAUGUUUCUGUUCAGUGGUCUCAAGAAGAGGGAGCAUGCAGUGUUUUCUAUGCACCUGAGCCCUUCAUUCUUAACUUCACCCUGAACCUGGCUUGCUAUUUUGCUGUAUACGCGCUUCCCCUUAUCCUACUCGUUCAAGGCGUUCUCAAGACCUCCACUGGUGUUAUGGUUACAUUUGUACUUGGAGCUCUGACGAUCUGUACCACAAUGGUUCGGUUCAUUACCCUGAAGGUCGGCACUGGACAGGAAAACCUUGUCUACCCACUCAGCAUGCUCGAGAUGGCGCUUGCCAUUACAGUUGUUGCCCUUCCUGGGUUGAGGCCACUCGUUAGCCGUCCUGUGAAGCAUGAGACUGCUAAUGAAAGUUUUUAUGUUAAGAACUAA